UUUCGGUUCCUAGUUUAAACCAUGAGUUCGCAGGAACCUUCAGACGAAGAUAAAUCCAUCACCAAGAGAACUGCUAGCAUCAUGCUGUCCAGCUUGGCUCGGGCCAUGUUUCCAUCCGUUACACCCUUCAUCAGUAUGAUCAUGGAAUCUGAAAAAGCUUCUAAUCGCAAAGAGAUGGAACACAUUCCACCAUGGAAGGAGGCUGCCAGUGUCAUCAUAGUAGUUCGGGCAUCCUUGCAGGAGCUAGUCGGCAACAACUUGUCCAGCAUGCUGGUCCGGGCCCGUGCCUCCCCCCGCGAACUGGUCAGCAAAAACCACUGCGACUAUCGGUUGCUGAUGGUGAAACGAAGCAGCCUGAGUUCCUUCAUGGCCAACGCAUACGUCUUCCCUGGUGGGCUGGCUGAGAUCAGCGACUAUUCCCCGCGAUGGUACGAAGUGUUCGCUGCCCAUGGCAUAUCCAGAGACUCUGUGCGGGCCUUCGGCCAGAAAGUGAUAGGCCCGAGGCCGGAAAUGAUCACUGACUCUGUCACCCUCACCUGUGCAAAGGUCACCCCCGAACAGGACCCUCUUCCCUCAGACGUCGCACUGCGAAUCGCGGCCAUCAGAGAAACUUUCGAGGAGACUGGAGUGCUGCUUAUGACGCGGCCUCGGAGUUCUAAAACCUCCUCUUCGUUGUCGUGGUACGAAGACAUCGACUUGGCCGCGUGGCAGGAAAAGAUCCGUAAGGACCCUCUGGCUUUCGUCGAUUUUUGUAUCGAGGCCAAUGUUUGUCCAGAUAUAUGGUCCCUACACGAGUGGUGGGAUUGGUUAACUCCAACAUCAGUUGGACAUCGAAGAUAUGACACCAUGUUUUAUGUAUGUUGUCUGGAAAAGCAACCAGAUGUAGUCCUGGAUCAUAGUGAAGUCAUAACGCUCAAAUGGUGCACGCCACAAGAAAUGCUGGAAGAACAUUCCACGAACGCAGUUUUCUUGGCGCCUCCUCAGGUAUACGAACUCUCCCGUCUCAUCCACUUCAGUUCCUUUCUAGAGCUGAGGAGCUUCGCCGUCAGCAGGUCCACAAAAGGGGUCGAGAGGUGGCUCCCAGUCAUCAUCACCUGCAAAGAUGGUGCCAUCUCACUUCUGCCAGGUGAUGAAAUGUAUCCAAGAAAACCAGAUUACCUUGGGAAAAGUCCUGGUCCAGAUUAUGCAGUUAGUGUUGAUGAGAUGAGGAAGAGGCACACAGGACUUCACAGAAUGGAAGUCAGGGGGCCCAUAUGCACUGCAUUUUGUUCCAUCACCCCCACAUGCGGACACCUUCAGCCGUUGACAUAUCAACCAGAUCGACCUCUAGCAGAAUCUUACUUAUGAUGAAUUACGCACCAAAUAUAUGAUGCAAAAAGCCAAAAGAUGACGCAAGUCAAAAUAACUCUGUCCAACAGAAGGUUCUUUAGGGCAGCAAGUUUGCAGAUGUCAAAGCUGUUGAGGUAGUUUAGUGUCUUGAGGAGCUUUUUGAAUUUUGAACACCAACAUUGUCCGAUUUGAAGAGCUCAAACAUUUUCUGCUGACAUUCAUUUUGUAUAAAUAACUAAACUAUACAGAAGUUCAGAAAUCGACUAUAAAUUGGCUACAUGUGUUGCAUUGAUCAAAUCAAGUAUCUCCGAGAUUUUCAUCUCAAAUGAGUGUCUGUGUAUCUGAAGAAUUGAGUUUUGUCCCCUUUAUGUAUUUCUUUGCACCAAAAUAUGAGAACAAAAUACAAAUGUGCCAAGAUAGAUUUUAAGAACUAAAUAGAAUAUUUUACCCUUUUUUUUUUUGGUCAUUAAUUUUGGGAUAUGACAUCAUGAAGUCCACCCUCACUUUCAUAAUUGAAUCAAUGAAAAUUGUUAGUUUUAUCUCCAGUAAAUUAGAUUUGAAAUUCAGCUGGGACUGUAGGAAAAAAAAUCAACAAAGUACAAGCAAUAAUUUUUUUAACGUACUUAAAAAUUUUAUGGAGGUUGCUUAAGUGGUUUUGUAAAGGGUUUGUGUAAAGAGUGUUAUUUAUUAGUAAUUUAGAAAUUGUUAAAAUUGUCAAAUUUACAAAAACAGAUGAGAUAGACAAAUUCUUAAUUUUUGACCUAAAGUCAAUGAAUAUUUCUCCUUUUUACUCAUGUUUAAAGAAGAAAGAAAAUAGAGCCAAAUAAUGGUAAACAUAUAAGAUAAAAUUCUAUAAACAAAAUUUCAUUUAAAUAAAUUAUGCAAGUUUUGUUUUGAUAAAUACCUCUCCUUAUGGAUAUAUUUCUAUUCAUAACAAAAAAAAAAAAAAAAAAUGUACUACAAUAAGGUUGCUUUGCCAAAAAUUACAAACUAAAUAUGUAGUUGUUAAGUAAAUUACUUCAAUUAUAUGCAUAAUUGUAUUUUCUUGCCACUAAGUUUGGUACAAAGUGUAGCAGUUAAAAGUAUUUGAAAUGUACAUAAAUUCUUAUAAUCAAGCUAUUGACAAGACAUAAAAUGUCUUGCUUAGUAAAUUAAUGCAUAGGUGAAAACAAUUUUUAGCUAAAUAUGUUUCUGAAAGAAAAUCCCUCUUCUAUAUUUUAUCCUUCAUAAUAUACAAAUAUUUAGAUUACAAAAAAUACUGAAAAUUGAUUCAGAAUUAUCGAUGCAGUUGAAUUUUAAACAUAGCUUCUCCUCUUCUCCAGUAUUUAUGCAUUCAAGUUACUUAGCUUUUAUAUUCAGCGAGAAAAAAUCCAUUUUAAACUCGACAUUCAAUUUUAUAAUUAAGAUCAUACAAAAGUUUCAACUUUUUCAAAAUGAUUAUUUGUGAUUUAACGUUUCAGUCACACUCAGGGCAAAUAGGUAAGAAGUUACGUAACUUUUAAAUGCAUAGUCAAGUGUCUGAAUAUGUUGCUUUGCACAUAUGUGAAUGUGUACAAAUAUAUGCAUAUUUAUGUAAAUGUAUACAAAAAAAUGUAAAUAAUCAGUUUUGAAUAAAGUUGAACUUUCACCUUAAACAAAACUCUUAAAUGUUGCCUAAUCCUAUGUUCCUUUUUAUGAAAAUAAAAUUAGAAUACAUGUAUGCAUUCUAAAACAUUAUACAGUAAAACCUCUCCUAACGGUCACCCCUAAAAUGCUGACACCCCUCGUAUGUGGACAACUUUUAAUUCCCUGAUUCCAAGGCAAAACUCGUUAUUAAAUCCCUAACCUGGGGACAUCCCUAAAUUGCGGAUGAAAAAAAUUUGUCCCAUUAGUGUCUGCAUUAGAGGGCUUUUACUGAAUAUAUUACAAAAUACUUUUUCAAU